AGCGGGCUUAUCCCGUGAGAGCGCGUCUCGCGCUAAGCCUUUGACGCGACACUCAGGGUACUCUCCAGCUCAGCUCAACUCACGACCGCAGUUCCAUCGAGUGACGUAUUGCCCAUCAUAUCCGAGCUUCUUCAUCUUUGCAGUGCAUACUCGCGAAACUAUACGACAGAGUUUAUUCAAGCGUCGACGCCAUGCCCGAGAUCGCAGAAGUUGCGCGCGUUGUUAGCUUCUUGAAGAAACAUGCAGUCGGAAAAACUAUCGAGGCCGUCAAGGCACAGGAGGAUAACAUCAUCUUUGGAAAGGUCGGCACUUCAGCGACCGCAUUCAAGGAGGCCAUGACCGGCAAGAAGAUAGUUGAUGCGCGCCAGCAAGGAAAAUACUUUUGGCUGGUCAUGGACUCGCCGCCACAUCCUUUGAUGCACCUUGGAAUGGCCGGCUGGAUGAAAUUCAGCAACGAUGAAUCAGCAUACUAUCGCCCAACAAAGCCCGAAGAAGCAGAAUGGCCACCAAAGUACUGGAAGUUCAUCUUGCAAUUGAAAGACUCCAAAAACGAAGUCGCGUUGGUGGAUGCAAGGCGACUUGCUCGUGUCAGAUUAGUCGAUGCUGCUGCCGAAGAUAUGAGGAAGACUACACCACUAAAAGAGAACGGGCCGGAUCCUGUCAUCGACAAAGACAUUUUGACAGUGGAUUGGCUGAGUAAGAAAUUACGGAGCAAGAAGGUGCCUGUGAAAGCAUUGCUUCUUGAUCAAGCGAACAUCUCGGGUAUAGGAAACUGGGUUGGUGACGAGGUCAUGUACCAGGCUCGUCUACAUCCGGAGCAAUACAGCAACACCUUUAGCGACGAGCAGAUAAAACGGCUGCACGAUGCUAUCAUGUACGUCUGCGAUACCGCGGUAGAGGCCAACGGGGACUCAGAUGCCUUUCCCAAAGACUGGUUGAUGAAGCACAGGUGGGGCAAAGGCAAAAAGGAAGCACAGAAGCUCCCCACUGGAGAGAAGAUUACGUUCCUCAAGGUUGGUGGGCGAACUUCGGCUAUCGUACCAAGUGUCCAGAAGAAGACAGCAGCUGUUGCUGGUGACGUAUCUGAAAGCGCAGGUGAAGAGGAUGCAGAAGAGGAGGCGAAGCCUAAAAAGGGCGGCAAGAGGAAGGCAGAGCCUGUGGAGGGGGAAGACGACGAACCCGAGGAGGCACCAGGCAAGCCAAAGCGAGGGCGCAAGAGUGCGAAGGAGCAAGUCAAGGAAGAGAUUAAGGAAGAAUCGUCCAACGAAGCAGAAGAGGUCCCAGCCAAGGCCAAGCGAGGACGCAAGAAUGCCAAAGAGGAGGCGAAAGAUAAGACUGUCGAUGCUACGAAGGAGAAGCUACCAGCAAGAACGAAGCCUAGCAGCAAGAAGGCAAAAGCAGAUGUCAAAGAGGUCGACGAGGCAGUCGAUGAGGAAGCAGCUGAUGUAGCGGAGGACACGCAGCCAACGAAGAAACGCAAGACUGCUACGAACGGCACCGCAAAGAAGACCAAGGCUACCGCUAAAGAAGUGACCAAAGGCGAGGAGACGAGUGAAAAGCGGCGAUCUGGACGUCUGUCAAAGUAAAGUGUGGGUGGAAAAGUGUCUACAUAGUUUCCAUAGCUGUAUUGUGUGUUUUCAGAAUAUGUCUCAGCGAAGAUGAUUUGACGACUUGAUGCAGGCGGGGUGUAGAGAUGGGCACGUGCAUGACGAGUUGGAGGUGCGGGCUAGCACUCGGACAUUGAAUUU